AUGAAAUUGAUAUGUCCUGCUGCUUCUCUUUGCCUUGUAAUUCUGCUAACCGAAUACAAGCUCGUCUUUGAAAACACGGCUGAUGUUUCGGAUGAUUUCGUGAAGAAUGGUGGCAAUUAUGUCAUUGCUGAGGCACGUAAGCUAUUGGACACACCAGAGCUUCCAAAACCUACUAUUCCAGAGUUUCCCAACUCGACACUACCCGAGCUUCCGAAGCCUACUCUUCCGGAGAUUCCAAAGCCUGUGGUUCCGGAGUUUCCAAAGCCCGCACUUCCUGAGCUUCCAAAGCCCAUCGUUCCAGAGCUUCCUAAGCCCAUUAUUCCUGAAAUUCCAAAACCUACGGUUCCGAGUCUUCCAGAGGUUCCAAAGCCCGUAGUUUCGGAGGUGCAAAAGCCAACACUUCCAGAACUUCCAAAGCCCACCAUUCCAGAGAUUCCUAAGCCCACCAUUCCUGAACUUCCAAAGCCGAUGAUUCCUGACGUUCCAAAGCCCGUAUUUCCCGAGGUCCCCAAGCCCGUAGUUCCGGAGGUGCAAAAGCCAACACUUCCAGAACUUCCAAAGCCCAUCAUUCCAGAGUUGCCAAAAGAAUUCCCCUCCGUGCCGCACCCUUGA